AUGAAUUCAAUAAAAAAACAUUCUAUUCAACAGAAUCCUGAAGAUGAUUUACAAUCUGAAUCAACAAUUCAAAUUGAAUUUAGUGAAUCUAUUGUAGAAAGAUUUUCGACAACAAAUGAUAAUAAGAAAAAUUCUUCUUCAUCAUUUCAACGAUAUUUAUCCAGAAAAAGAUGUUCAUCUAGAGAAAGUCAACGAACAAUAAAUGAAGAAGACAAUAUGAAUAAGAAACAACGAAAUCAUACUGAUCAUUUAGCUUUUUCUGAAAAUGCUCGAAAAGAACAAAUUAUUUCGUUAUCAGAAUCAAAUGAAUCGCAAUGUGCUCGAACUAAUUUACAAUCCAAAAAUGAGUUUAUUUGUAAAAAAUCUGUGAGUGUUCAAAAUGAUAGCGAAAAGCAUUUUAAUUGGUUGAAAGACUUUAUGCGACAAUCUGUGGAUACUAUACGUGAUACUGUUGUACAAGCUUGUCUAACAGCUAUAUCUGCUCGACCAAUAAUUUCAUUGAAUUCAAAUAUUCCUACACAAGAUCAUAAUGUAAAUAAUCAUUUAACUGAUCUUAUUCAAAGUGAACAUUCUCUAAGAUUACAAAAUACAAUUGAUCAUUGGCAAAAUUAUCAAUUACAAAUUCCAUCUGUAAUACGAAAGAAAAAUAAUUCUUUAUUAUAUCAUCAUAGAUUAGAUAAUGAUCAUAAUGAUGAUAUUAAUAGAAAACAACGAAUUCAUCAUCGAGCACGUACAAGUUCGUAUCCAAUGUAUAAAAAUGUAUUACGAACAUUAGUUAAUGAUAUUCAAGUACCAUGGUCAUAUGAAUGGCCACAAUAUAAACCGACUAUAUUUACUGCUGACGAAGUCUAUAUCAAUCCAGGUGCAGAUCCUGAUCUACUCAAAUCAUCAUCAUCAAUAUCUCUUCAUUUUAAUACAAUUGAUGGUGCUGUCGAUCGUCGUAGUGUUUAUCAACAUUAUCAUAUACGUGAACAUGAUGGUCUUCCAUUAAAUCCAAUCGGUCGUACUGGUUUACAAGGACGUGGUAUACUUCUUCGAUGGGGACCAAAUAUAUAUCAUUAUAUAAUGAUAUGUCGAUGGAAACGGGAUAUUUAUGGAAAUAAUCUUUUACAUGCAUCGAAUGGAAAAAGAAUUCUCGAAAUUCUUUUAGAAAUACAAACUGAUGGUUAUGCAACGCAUGAUUUUAUUUUAACUGGUGGUUUACGUAUGAUAGGUAGUCGAUUUCCACCUCAAUUACAAGAUCGUUUAAAACGUUUUAUUAUUCAUACAGGUACAAUAUUAAAUAAUAGAUACAAAAUUUCAUCAACUCUCAAUGCAUUAAAUCAUUUAUUUGAACAAAAUCCUAUACCAUGGAAAGGUGCUUAUUUUGAUGAUGCUCGUAAUACAGAUAAUGCUUGGAUUGAAUUAUCAAUUGAAUAUUUAUUAGAUGAUGAUCAUCAAUUAACAUCAUGUAUACCAUAUCUUCAUAAUCAACAACUUCAAUAUCUUGAACAACCACGUUUUAUUUGGAAAGAUGUCGAAAAUACAAUUGAUAUUGGACCACGAACUCAUUAUCGUCUUAUAAGAAAUUUAGCUUAUAAACUCGAUGCAUAUUUUUGA